AAAAUGCAGCAGCGUGGUUUAGCAGUCAGAGCGUGCGCAGUGACAGGUUGGGAGUGGGUCCUGGUUUGAAUUAAAGAGCUAAUCAACUACACCCAGCAAGCAGGAACAGUGGCACUGUCAGAUAGGGUUAUUGAUUUUGCCAUUAGUAUUUCUUAAUAAAAACUAGUGACGAUGGAGGAGCUGAGCGAAGAGGCGCUGCUGGAGUACAUCUCGGCCGCUGGAGGCAGGGUGAAGAACUCGGAUUUACUGAGGGAUUUCAAACAUUUUAUUAAUCAUAGCGACAAAAAUGUUCGCGCCAAACACAGAGAGGACUUUAAACAGAUCAUCGAUAAAAUUGCUCUGGUGAAAACCGACAAUGGGGAGAAGUUUCUUACUCUGAAGAAGAAAUACAAGCAGCUGCUGCCAGAGAGAGAGAGGGAGCCCGGGAGCGAUGGGGAGCGGGCCAGCGUGCCGAGACAGGGAGGGAUGGUGAUGUGGGAGGGAGGGGAGGUUUCCACUGGGCUCAGCCCCCAGGUUCAGCCCAGCCUCGAACCCUCAACCCCUACAGAAGCCACACAGGACCUUAAAACGAACAGCCCUGACAGAAGGGACAAGGGGAGAAGUGCUGCGCAGAACAGAGCCGUGUGUUCCUGGUCUGGAGGUCCUGCAAUUAUAGUGACGGUGUGUUCGGAUCCUCCCACACAGGUCUGUGGGAUUUCAGAGCCCGUUUUCUUUCAAAGUUCCAGUGCAUCCCGGCGGAGGAUUGAUCUGAACCCCAGCGUGGUCUGGGAGGAGCCGAGCCCCCAGGAGGGUCCCCAAGAGCAGGAGCAGCCUGAGAGCCCCAGACAGGCUGCACGCGGCUGUGCCAGCGCCCCCCAGGUGGAGGACCCCCUGGCUCAGAGCCCCAAAGAGGACGAGCAGGACGCUGUGUCCAAGUCCGAGACUGAACAGGAUGAAGACGGCACUGGCAGUAUGGGAUCCUCUGCGAUUGCUCUGGACCCGCUGGAGAAGGAGUGGAUUCACUCUGCAGCCUGCGGGAGACUUCCUGUUCUCAACCAUCUCCUCCAGCAGGACCCCACCCUGGUGUAUAAGAAGGACUUCACAUCUGGGUUUACAGCGUUGCACUGGGCAGCCAAGCAUGGUAAAGAAGACAUGGCCACCAUGCUGGUGGAUGCAGGGCUGGAUGUCAAUACCAGAGCACAUGGUUACACCCCACUGCACAUUGCAGCUCUGCACAACCACAGGCACAUCAUUGAUCUUCUAAUCAACUAUGGUGCAAAGCAGGAUGUUCGGGAUUACAGUGGCCAAUUAGCCCUGCAGUAUCUCAAAAUGCAGCAUUCCAGUGAUGGCAGGAGUGAUGCGCAAUUCCCUGUCUCUCAUGGGAACGAGCGCAGGAGCAGGAAGCUGGCGACGCUUUUCUCCGGGAGCUCGAAGAAGAGGUGGGGCUCGGCGGAGGACCUUGCGAGCGGGGAGGAGAAGGGGGGUGGGUCCCAGCUGCUCAUGCCGCCGGCAUUCAGACCCAGGAAGUUCUCCCGGUAACAGGUGGAGGCAGAGACGGCUCCUCCCGAUCCUCCAAGUACCUGCAGCUGCACAAGACCAGGAUUCCAUUGAAGGAAUGGCUACUGCACCCUUUAAACGGCUGCUUUUAAAAUGAAAAGCUGGGAUUUGUUCUGCGAAAAUAUAGCACAGCGUUUUCAAUAAGGGAUUCAGGUAUCUGGGGCUGGAAACUGCCGACAUGAAACACUACAGUCCUUUAAAAUGUGCAGUUCUUCUGUGAAUCUAUCGCUUCUAUUUCUUUUAUUUGUUUUUAUUUCGCUGUCUCCAGAAACGAACUUGCUGUGCAUGUAGUCUUAGAUGUUUCAUAUAAACGCUACGCCAGUUCUAGUGGAAUCACACACAGCAGUGUGUAUAUUUUCUGCACUAAAAACUAAAUAGCUGAAGUAAGGCAAUACUGCCAUAUGAGCACUGAGACUUAUUUCAAAGUAGUUUCACAUAGGACUAGAUUUAAAAUCUAUAUAGAAAUGAAAAAUGAAGGCUAGUAUUUUGUUGAUGUAGGGGUCGUGCAUUUUUGUAUUGCUGUAUGUAUAAUUUGCAUUUUUUACAGUGUUGUAAUAAUUAGUUGGUGCUUUUUGAAAUGCUGGAGCGAAGGCACGGAGACCGACUCCCUCCGUUCAGACUGCAACAGCGCGUUCGCUGUUUCGUUUCUGUUGCUAAUGGGUUGAUUGCCGAUGUCGCUUGUGCAGAGUACCUCCAGGAGCCUCCUCUAAGGGUAUGACGUUCGUGAAGGGUUUAAAGGGCAGAGGUGUUGAGCUGGGACUGCAAGUCUUGCAAUUUUACCAAAAAAUAGUUUGUCAUUUUAUUGUGCUGUUUUCUGUUUUUUUUUUCUUUGUUAUACAAUGUUCUGU